CGGCGAGCGCCGUGAGUCGCCGCCCUCCGCGUCGCCGGCAUGCGUCGAUCUUCACGCAUUCAUUCACCAAAUCUACACCACGCGCCUCUCAGGUGCAGGCGGCGGCAUGCUGGGCGCUAGGCUCAAGUCAUGGAUGGAAGCGCAGCUGGGUCGGGCCAAGAAGCGUAAACAGAAGCAGGCGAGGCAGACCACACCACCUACUACGGGGCCUAUUGCCCCUCCUCACUUGUCGUCUCCCGAGAGCGCGUACAGCACCGGCUACUCCACAGACGGCACGUCACCUGGCGCUCCGCCCACUUCGCUCGCCGCUCCGCUCGUUGCUCCCCCGCCGCCACCCACGCCACCCACCACUCACUUAUACCAUGAACCCGCUAAGCGCCGCUCCAGCACAACGGGGCGUUAUUUCCCCCCAGAAGGGCUGGUGUCUCCCCCAGUAUGCGCGACACCGUCACCUCGCCCCCGCUGCCGUAUCCGCACUAACCCGUGGAUGGGUGCUACAUCUCCAAGAAAGAAGCCGCCACAUCUCUUGCACCAGCAGUCGUUGCAGAUACCCCAACAACCGAUGCUACACCACGCGCCUUAUUCCCUAGACUCGCAUAUUAAAUAUGGACCAAGGUCACCGCAUCUAUCGCCGCACAUAUCCCCACACCUAUCUCCACACAUGUCUCCCCACUAUUCCCCCCAUUUAUCCCCAGAGCCUUACCGCCAGCCGUACUACCGUGGGGCUUCCAGCGACGAAGAGUUCCGUGGUCUAAAACCACGUGGUCAAGAGACUGCAAUCUUGUCAGAUGCGGAUGUGGAUUCGGAUGGUGAUACUGGAUUGGAUGGUGGGGACGAAGAUGAAGCGGACAGCACCGCCUCACCCAGCAGACGGAGAGCGAGACGUCGGAGACCGCCCAGGCGGCCGCCGCCGCGAUCAGCAGGCGCGACUCCUCCCCGUAUGCGACGUCGUCACGCACCCUCCGCUCCGCCCGUCCGCGAGAGAGAUCCUCUCCUGGAAGCGGACAGGGAAGCGGAGAGGAAGUACCGGGAACUCAUCCGGGAAGCGGAGAAACUCCUCGUGACUGUGUCCCGGGCCCCCAUUGAACCCCCGCACAAUCCGAGAAUUGUCGAACUUAGAGCCACCGAGGUGGAGUGUCCUCGGCGUAGUCCAGAGCGCACUCACAUCACAAACUUCAUCCGGGCCAACUCCCCGGAAGCCCCUCGCCGUUCGUCCCCCGCACCCCGCCGAUCACCCCUUGCAGCCCCCCCGCCCCGCGUCACUCACCCGCCAUCGCCCACCGACCGGCCGCACUCCGAGCCGCCCAAGAGGAAGAUGUACGCAAGGGAAGAGGUAUUACAAACCUUAGAGGGCCUGCGUAAGAGUCUUCAACAACAGUCCGCCCUGUUGGCGGUACAAAGAACACGGCUAGACUCCCUAUAGUCAUUGUUAUUCCUUGCCAAAUUAGUCUAAUUUUUGUUUACAUAUCCACGUAGUUGCGUCACUUGCAUUUAGCGGGAAUAUUUUCAAGGUAUCAAAGUAAACGUUUCUGUCUUUUUUAUUGGAAAUCUUGAAUAUUUGACAAAUUCAUAGGUUUAUUUGAUUUAAUAUUUAACAUUUUAUUCACACGUGAGACACCUCCUUCGUGCUUAUAAAAAAUGGCAAAAACAAAACAAAAGAAGUCAAAGAAAUUUAAUCUUGGUGAAUGGAAAAUAUUAGUUUUGUGCAUAUGUUUACAUAGCCCAAACCUUAUUUAUUAUUGGUUCUGUGGGCUACAACGAGCUUAGAGUACGCCGAGAAUCGCGUUUGCGAUGUACAUAAUAAAAGUUUUACAUGAGAAGUCCUUCUGUCCUUGGUGUCCACCAAUUCGGCAGUGCUAAAGUGCCUUAGCUUCAAUGUGCCUGAUGGGUACGUCAGAAGGCGACAUCGUCUGCCAUUACCUCACGUGCCCACAGCUUGGACUAAUCUUCUGAAAAGGGCACAUAUGAUUUCCUGCUAUGUAGUAAUGUUAUAACAUUACUACAUAGCAGGAAAUCCAUUUUUUAUUGUCCAAAAGCUCUACUAUUUGUUAGACAUUUAUUAUUUUUUCAAAAUAACUCUUUAGCUUGUUUUUCCUAAUUAAUUUCUUAUGUUUGUUUUUUAUUUAGUGUGUAUUCUUUGUUCAUUUAGGGUCACCAGUUAGAAAAUGUGUUAUUACGUCUCAUUAGACAUGUUGGAUAUUAAUGUUCUUUCUUCUUAGUAGGACGCUAAUAAAUAAUUGUUUGUACAAAUUAGGAAAUUAUUCCCCAUUAUAUGGGUUAAAUUAUUUUUAAUUGUUUAUUAUUAAUUUUUUAAUAAAAUAUUUGUUGUUUUGUUAGACUUUGUUGUUGGUUCUGUCUUUGGCCAUCCACAGAGUGAGAUAAGAGAUUCACUUUUAAGUUAGUUUAUAUUUGCUACAAAAUUAUCAGUUGCAUGUUGCAUUCAAUUUACACACAUGUGGGACAUACGAAUAUUAAUUUAUUGUGACUUCAAUAACAUUCUGUCACUAAGUAUAAAUUAAUUCGAAAUGCAAUAACAAGAUAUAUUUAUCACCAAAUAACUUUUAUAAAAAAUAACGGCUUAGAUAAUAAUUUAUAAUAUUUGGGGACACAGAUUAUGUUUCGCUGUUAAAAUAUAAUGACAUAUUUAAUUAAAAAUAUUUCCAAAAGUGCGGAUAGCUUUUGAAUGUUAGUCCUUGUGGUCUUGCUCUGCUAUAAAAAUGUGAUAAAUUUUUCUCUCCGUAACAAAUGUGGAGAGGUGAUCCUACUUUAAGGAUACUCUUUUUAUAGAACAGGGGGCAAACGGGCAAGAGGCGUCAUCAGACUGAUGGUAGCCGCGGAUUGUAGGUAUCACUACAUAUAUUUCACUAUUUAAACGUGUUACCAUAUUUAGAUACCUUGAUUACCCUAAGUGCAAGUGUGGUUUUGUAGUUCUUCCAUACUUUCCUUGACAAAUCCCUCCAACUUUCUAGUCUAGUCUUCAUAUUUUUAAUCUUGUAAGCUCUUAUCGGCAAAUAUUACUUUUCCUUUUUGUUACUUAUCAUAUACAUAUAGUAUGUCGUAGCUCGAUCGUAGAAUUUAUCACUUUAUGUGGACAACGAUUUUAUGAUAUGGCAAUUCAUAAAAUUAUCAAAUUUACGAUCAAGGGCUUGAGACAUAAUCGACAAGCAUGACCCAGUAACGCUACAGGAAUUUGUAUGGGAAUGACAUUAGCUUACGCUUUGUCACGUGACUAAUUUUAUACAAAUUCGUUUGGUGGAUCACGCCUGUCGAAAGUUGAUUUUGUCUUAAGCCCCUGGCCACGACAUAGACAAAUAAAUUAUCAAUUAUUGGACAUGUUUAAUCUGUGUAAAGUUCCUAUGCCUAUUAUCUAUAUAAUAACGUGUGCAUUGAUGUGAUUCAUUGUAUUUAAUGGGUUUUUACCUAUAAAGGUUUAUUUGCCGAUAAAAGCGUGUAGUUUCUAGGAUUGUUAUCGUUUCGUAUAUAGGCGGAGCCAUCUUUAUUCUACUUGUAGCAUCAUUUUAUUGGUAGAUUGUAGAACUGUGAGCCUGAAAUCCAAGAAACGGGGUUUUUGCAAGAACAUACUUUAAAUUAAUAAAACAACAGCAUUCAUUAAAAAUAGCUUAUUUUACACCAUUACUAGUCUAUGCGGUGAUUUAUUGCCAGUAAAGAAUAGGCAUUUGUUGUGAGAUUUGGGUCCAUCUCAUCGAUGAUGAUGAUGUAGAAAUAAAUAUGGUUUGACAGCUGUUGGAUCUAAAUUUUGAUUGACGUUCUAGAUUACGCGCCUUAAAUUACCAAAUUAAUUUGUAAUGCUAUUUGGUAUCUAGGCAAAUGGUGAUGUCUUCCUUCCGUUUCUUGGUAUUUUCAAGGCCACUAUGAUAGACGUUGAUAGAUUAUAGUGAACUGUAUCCUAGACGUAGCUCUGACUAGCGGCGGACGCGGACCGGUGUAAGACUGCGUUAUCUAUACAAUAUGAUAAUAAUAUAUACAAGGAUAAUCGUUAUAUCGCGACCAUAGCAAGAUGUUUGGGUCAUAUUUUUGCAUAUUUAAAACAUAUACAAGCCUUUGCAACUUAAAGCAACAUACUAAUAACUCUUUUGAGUUUUUAAUAGGUACCAAAGAGCUUUUACGGUCAGCGGAGAUUUGCAAUAUUUAAAUUUAUUGUUCACACAUUUCAAGAUCACGCGCGCUGCUACCUUUAAUUAAAUUUUUUAAUACUUGUCAUGGGUGAACAUUAAAAUGUAAAAAGAAUGAGUCAGCGAAGUUUCUUUAGGUACCUGCACCCUUAGCACGAACAAUACAUUUCAUAAGUCUAAUACAAUGUUAACAAUAAAUGUGUGAAAAACUUGAGCAGCGCUUGGCGGGCGUUUUUGGAACUACCAAAGAAGCGCGAACAUACAUCGUUCGAAUUUUAAUAUAAACUAUAUUAUCAACUGUUUGGUAAUCAAUUUGUAUCAAGUUUCAGAUAUGAUCAACUGUCACUUACCAAAACUAUCGAAAAGUUUGUGCUAAGAGUACCUACCAUUUGUAAUCUGAAAUUAAUUUGCUUUUGAAUAUCCCAACAUCGCUCGCGUCAGGGGGUCUUAACGGCACCCCAUAUUUUGUUAGCGUAAUUUUGUGGAGACAUUGUGUAUGAAUAUUGGUCUUCAAGCCAAAUGUAAAUAUUUACUCACUUACUGUUUAUUGUAAGUAUAAAUAAGAUUUAUACGUUUAGUUGAAUUUUCAUUAAAUAUUAACAAUACA